GUGAUUGAACUAAAGAUGCAGCCAGAGGAUUGGGUCCCUCUCUUAGGAUGCCAUACCAAUUCAAAUUCCCCAAAUCGGUUCAUUAUGUCAGGUCGCAAAUUUGGCGGAGGUGCAGGCGGAAGCAAAGCCACCUCCAACCUUCAGUACACGAAGAACGAGCCCAGCUUCCUGAAGAAACUCAAGGCUCAAGUGGGAUACAAGGACGAAUCCGCCAAUCUCGAAGACAAGAUUCAAGAUCCCAAUGCUGGCCUGGAUGACGAUGACGCUCGAGACGAUAAAGAUGAUGAGCAACCCACGGUUGUGGUAUUGAAGGAUGGCGAUCUGACCGCCGAACAAGCGGACGCUUUAGCUCGGGGCGAAGAAAUUCAUUCUGAUGUACCCCCUCCGGAUGGUAGGGUCAUGUUUCGAAGGCCGAAAAAGAGAGAAAUCGGGGCCGCACCCAAAGACGAUGAGGAAUCAAGUGAGAGAUCAAAGAAAAACACUUCGGACAAGGGCAAAAGUAAAAAAGUGAAGAGUAGUCUCCUCUCGUUUGGCGAUGAUGAAGAAGAAGAGGACGACGACUAGUCAAUGGGUCAGUAAAGCGUGUAUUUCAGAUAUAAAGGGCCAUUAUGGUCUUGACGGUCAAGAUGAGACUGAAAAAAUGACAUUCAACAGAUAUUUGAGUGGCCUUCCCUGUGGCAGAGAAUCCGGAUUUGGGUGUUCGGAGGGGACAAGUGCCUUGAGUGAUGUCCAACGCGGUGUCCAAGACGGCUUGUAUGGUGUGUGCGUAAAAAUCAUAGUUAGCAAAUCGGGCCCUGAAGCCAUUUCUAACCGAAUCACAUGGGUUAUGGUAGCAUUCCUGCAUUUGUCCUCGGUCAGGACCUGCAAAAAGUGCAUCGACAAUACUUACUGCGAGAACAUUCUUUUGAAGAAAUUUUGGUAUCUCUUACCUGUGUCGGUCAGGAGAAUGGCAUCAAAGGACUUGAUGGUUGAAUAAGCGUCUGUGGCUGGAAACCAAAAGCGGCUGUGGUCACUUCUCAGGAAAUUGACAAACUCAACAAUCUCUUCUCGUUUGGGAACUUUCUGACUGAAUUUCAGGUCGCUGGGGACAAAGUGGAACACCUUCGAUGUUUUUUGGCGGUUCCAGUAACGUUCAAAUUUCUUCAACAGAACGUCAUCAAAGCUUCUUCGGUUAUAAGCAGUGAGAUAGUCACCUGUGUAAUUCUUGCUGUCCAAAUAUGAUUUGACCCUGGGUAAUAAAUCCGGGUAAGGCAGCAAUUGACUAUUUAAAGACGAAUUAUAGUUCAACAUUGUGUCCAUGA